GGAUAAUUAAAACGUUUAUGGUAUGUUCUCGUCGUAAGUCAUUAAGUAAACAUUCCCGAAAGCGCGUUAUCUCACAACAGAUAGGGACAUACCUCUAGUGGGCUUUAUAAAAGCUCGAGGUGGGACUGUUCAAACAUUUCCUAUCAAGAAAUCACCAUCUUCACAUAACCGACAUUAUGGUGAAUUCAAAAAUAUUUGUAACUCUCUUUUUAUUGUGUAUAGUGACCCAAACUUUAAGUUCUCCGGUAUCACAAAAUAUAAACGAAGGCCGCGGGAUUGGUUCAACAAUAUGGGGCUGGAUAACAUAUCCUUUUUCUUGGUGGAGCUACGAGGUGACGGACAGCGCUGCGGGUCCUUCAAUUCAAUCUCCAACAAGCGAACCCAUUGCUACUAUUGAAAUCGGAAAAAGGAAUGUGACGGUGUGGUGCAAUGAUCAAACUUGCACAACGAUGAGAUGUGAUAAAUUUGGCUGUACUAAUUUAACGUGCAAUAUUUACGACACAGACUUAACUGGAGAGUGCAGGAUUUAUAACACAAUCGCUCAGCCGGAUGAGCCUACUUCAAAGCCAAAUAUGCCAUCGGUUAAGCCUGUUGAACAUGAGCAGGUAAUUGAAAAUGCUGACAAAGUUAUUGAAACACCAGUAACAAAUAUCAACGCUACGGAGCAUAAGGAUAUUGAUCAACCUACAGAAGAACGGCCAAUAGAACUUGAAAUGAUUUUAUCGUCUACAGUUGGCGACGGAAAUGAAGAGAACAAUUCUCCGAACACAGAGUCUGAGGAUUAAUGAGGUUUGAAGAAUCAGAAACAAACGUCGCUUAAUCUCCCCAUUGGUUUUGACGAAAUAGUCGUGGAUUAUUUACAAUUUACUUUUACGCAUUUUGCUACGCAAUUAGCCAACAAUUUAAUGAAACGAUUAAGUAUCGAGUCCUUUUGUUGGAAUGGUGUGUGUUAUUACACUUCUUGCGCACAUCACAACUGUAAAGUGCAGUAUUGUAAAUAUAAUUUAAUUACUGGUGUCAAAGUCUGUUCACCAAAUAAACAUACGGGAAGUUUUAAUAUUAAGUUAAAUGAAAAUAAAUCUGAAGGAUUACGAGUUAUGA